AUGUAUCCAACACCUUUGAAGGCGGUAGUAAGAAACUUGACAGAAAAUGUGGUGAUUGCAUCAACACCAUUUACCAGAGCCGGAAUUAUCAAUUUUGGGGCUCGUAUGUCCCUUUUUCACUAUAAUGGAGAGGUGAUUGUGUGGUCAGCUAUUCCAUAUGGAGAUGAGGUGGUCAGGAGCUUGAAACUAUUGACCGGCAGAGAAAAAGACUUCAAUGUGACGUAUUUGAUUAUUCCUGAUGCUGAACACACCAUGGCUGCCAAGUCGUUCAAGGAGCAAUAUCCAAACCUUAAAAUUAUUGGAAUGGAUGCUGCUGCCAAUGCUGUUCCCGUACCAAUCGAUUAUCCUAUUACUUCCAAAUAUGCUAACAAGUUGAUUGAUUCUGGUGUCUUGAAGGAAGUCGGCAUCCAGGAUGAGUCUAUCCUUUCCAAUUUCGAGUUUGUCUACUUGCCCAGCCACCGUAACAAAGAGUUGGUGUUAUUUGAUAAGAACUCCAAGAUUUUGUUUGAGGCCGAUUUGCUUUUGUGCUUAGGUCCGAAAGGCACUAAACUCGAACAGUAUAGCCCUGAACUAGGAUUCCCCGAUAAUUUCAAUCCUCAUGGAGGAACUUCAUUCUUGGCUGGGUUCACCCAUCCCGACUCAGGGUUUUUUAAAGGGUUGGUCAAUAGACUUGUCAAGUCCAAAGACCUUGAGGUCCGCAAGGGACUUCAAACAAUAUACAACUGGGAUUUCACAAAAAUGGUUCCGUGCCAUGGCAAUGUGAUUAAUGAGGGCAAGCCAUACUUUAAGAAGUUCUUUGACUUUGUUAAUUGA